CUUCUCUUCUCUGUAUUCGCUCCUCUCCUCCUCGUGUGUGUGUGUGUGUGUGUGUGUGUGUGUGUAUGUGUGCGCGCUCGCUCAUCGAUCUCCACACCACACCACACCAAGCCAAGCCAGCCACGCCAGUUCAGUCUCCUCUCGUCUGCCGCCGAAGCUGCUGCUGCUGCUGCUGCCGCUGCUACCUGCUCGCUUCCUUACCAGAGCAGAAAACAAAGAGGACUAUUUCCACGAAGCGGGAUUACACACACACACACACACACACACACACACACACAAACACACAUCGUUUUGGCUGAAAGGAUUCUCCGUUAUCAUCUGUGUAUGAAUGGAGAGCUGGACCAUUACCUUCCAUUUUGGUCACUGAGGAGCAAACAGCACGGGUCCACUAUCCUGUCUGAGGGUGUGUGAGUGAGCACUUUGACUGGGUGAGAGUCUGUGUGAGUGUGUGUGUGUGUGAGUGUGUGUGUGUGUGUGUGUGUGUGUGUGUGUGUGUGAGUGUGUGUGUGUGUGUGUCCAGGCCUCCCGAUGUCUAUUUAGAGGCCAGCCAGCAUGAGGCUCUACAUGGAGCCCAGACCACGGGGACCUAGCACACGCGCCAGCAGCACAGUGCUGCUGUGCGUGUUGUGCGCGCUGGCGUGCCUCGCCCGGCCCGGCUCCGGCUGCCCCGCGGCGUGCGUGUGCAACCAGACGGACGCCGACUGCGGCGGGCGCGGCCUGACCUCCCUGCCCCAGCUCUGGCUCCUCCCGGCCACCACGCGCUCCUUGCUCCUCCCCAACAACCGGCUGGCCUCCUUGCCGCCCUCCGCCUUCGCCAACCUCUCCUCCCUGGAGCGCCUGGACCUCUCCAACAACUACCUGGACAACCUGCCGGCGGGCCUCUUCCGCCCGCUGGCCAACCUGAGCUCGCUCAGCCUGCGCAACAACAGCCUGCGCGGCGUGGAGCGCGAGCUCCUCCAGGGCCUGAGCCAGCUGCGGCGGCUGGACCUGUCGCUCAACGGGCUGUCGGCCGUGCCGCUGGGCCUGCUGGACGACGCCCAGGACCUGACCUGGCUGUCGCUGGCCGGCAACCGGCUGCACGCGCUGGAGCGCGCCGCCUUCGAGCCCCUGGCCAACCUGCAGAGCCUGCGGCUGGGGGCCAACCCCUGGGAGUGCGACUGCAACCUGCGCGACUUCAAGCACUGGAUGGAGUGGCUGUUGUAUAGAGGAGGUCAGGUGGAUGGCUUGGAGUGCACGCUGCCUAAGGACCUGCGUGGGCGUGACAUCCGCGGCGUGCCCAUCGAGAUGUUCAACUACUGCCUGCAGCUGGAGGACGAGAACGGCGGCGGGGGCGGGGCCGGCGGCAGCUCCUCCUCGCGGGGCUCCGGGUCCUCCCCGCCCUGCAACCGAGGCGGCAACGUGGGCCCGAGCGGCGGCCCGCCGUCCCCGAACCCCUCGGAGGCGUCCGGUGGUGCGGCGGGGGUGGUGGCCACGGACGCGCUGCCGGACUGCGUGAAGCAGCGGUACCGGCCGGUGAGCGUGCGGCGGGCCAUCGGCACAGUGGUGGUGGCGGGCGUGGUGUGCGGCAUCGUCUGCAUCAUGAUGGUGGCGGCGGCCGCCUACGGCUGCAUCUACGCCUCGCUCAUGGCCAAGUACCAGCGCGAGCUCAAGAAGCGCCAGCCGCUCAUGGGCGACGGCGACGCCGACACGGACCCUGAGGACAAGCAGAUCUCCUCCGUCGCGUAGAGAGGGAGAGAAAGGUGAAGAGAUGGAGGGAUGGAGGGAUGGGGGAAGAGAGAGAGGGGACAAAGGAUAAAGGGAUGGAUGGAUUUUUUGUGGAUCGAUGGAUAGAUAAGAUUGCUUGAUGGAUGGAUGGGUUCGGAGAUGGAUGGACAAAAUUAGCGGAGAGAUAGAUUGAGGCAUGGAAGGAUGGAUGAUUGAAUGGAUGAAAGGAUGGAUAAGAAAAUCAAUGGAUGGAUGGAUGGAUGGAUGGAUAGAUGGAUGGAUGAAUGGAUGGAUAGAUGGCCAAUACAGGUGGGUGGAUACAGGUGUCAUUACAUCAAAGAAGAAGUUCUUUCACACCACUACCCUGCUGUGCUGCAUGUCUCUGUGAACGUGCGUGUGUGUGUGUGUGUGUGAGAGAGAGAGAGAGAGAGAGAGAGAGAGAGAGAGAGAGAGAGAGUGUCUGUGUGUGUGUUUGUGUGUGUGUGUGUGUGUGUGUGUGUGUGUGUGUGUGUGUGUGUGUGUGUGUGUGUGUGUGUGUGUGUGUGUGUGUGUGUGUGAGUGAUAGCGAGUGUUUUUGAGGACAAUGCAACAAAAAAAAACCACCCUGCAAAAAAAAACCUACCAAAACUCUGCCCUCUGCUGUUCCUUGGCCGCUCUCUCUCCUCCUGAAUGGUAGCUGAGGCUGUCUAUCUUACGUACAGCUACUCUCAUUGGACCGGCUUACUCUGAGCCAACCAUAUCAGACAGAGUGGGUGGAACCAGUCUGAUCUAGUCUGCACCCAUGAGUGGAGCCACUUUAUUCCCUUUUUGCCCCUCCCCCCUCUGGACCAGGGCCACGCCCCUCUAGCACUUUAUUUCCCAGCAUCCUUUACGGCUUGCCUCCCAGCCCCGCCCUCCUUUGUGAUGUCAGCAGUCUUCCUCAGAAGACCCCCGGAAGGGACUGUUACCGCCUACCACCUUAUAAGACCAAGCCCUGCUCCAAGCUCCGCUCCGCUCCAAGCGCCCCACCUUCUAGAGGAUUCUAUGCUCUUUCAGGGAAUUCUGGGUAAUUCUCUGUGUGUGUGUCCGUGUCCUUGUGGUAACAAACAUGAAUAAGUGGACUAUGAACUCUUUGCUCCACCCACCGCUGCUCUGGAGGAGAGUCACGGGGGAUUGGUCAGUCAUCGCGUGAUGUCACGAGUAUGAUAUACAAUAUUGCUAUAUUCUAUAGGAAAUACUCUCUGUGUUAUAUGCUGUGAUGUGUCCCCCCCCCACCCCCACCCCUCUCUCUCUCUCUUUGCCCCAGCCCCACCCCUGCACACAUUAGCCACUCCAUAUCACCUCCGUUGAUUUGUGUUUGUUUAAUCCAUUAAUUUAUUUAUUUACAUGUUUAUUUGUUUGUUUUGACAAAUAUGCUCCUUUCCCUGUAACAUCCUUAGAGGUUGCUAGACUUGUCUGAAUGAAUACUCCCAUCAUUAUGCCAGUUUCCUGCUAAAUGCAUAAAAAAUGAUUUUAAAAAACACAAAAUAAUAAAAAAGAGUAGCUAUAGCUCAAGCUCAAGUUCUGUUGUGUGUGUGCUAGAGAUGUAAUACUGCAGGUCAGCCAGUGAGACGGAGCGAUGGGGCCUUGAAACCAUACUACAUUUCCCACAAUUCCACAGCUCUGCCAUUACUGAGGGUUUCAGGGAAGCACAAUUCUAAUUAGUUCGUCAUUGUGUCAUCUGAGGUGACUUUCAUGGCUAAAAGGCAGAGUAUACUUACUGUGAAUAGGGUACAGCUAGGCUACUUUAAGCGUUCUCAAUGUAGUAUGCCGAGCUAAAUCUUCUGGGUUUACGUGCUAAACUACAUGCACUGAUCAAAGUAAAGUAGGUUUACUAUGCUGGGCUAAGUGCAAUGGGUGAAACAUAAUACAGUUAUGAUUAUUAGAUUCCACACAGUGGGUUAAAUUCACUGGGCUGAAUAAGUAUGCCGGGCUAAGUGUACUAGACAUUGGCAUGGGACAAAGUGCUGGGUUAAUGUCAGACUAAGACAUAGUUUCUAUUACAGGAGGACAGGGCUUGAACGCAUGCAAUAGAUAUCGCUGUAUUUUCAUACUGUAUG